AUGGACCACCCCGACAAAUCGGCCCCCGGGGCCAGCGUCAGCUUCUUACCGGUUGACCCCGGGUGUGUGGUUUGCGAGGGCCCCGCCCACGGGACUCACUUCGGUGUGCCCGCCUGCCGGGCUUGUGCCGCAUUCUUUCGCAGGAGCUACGUGCUUGGUCGAGACUACAAAUGCAGAAAACAGACCGGCCGUUGCAAUAUUUCUAAAGAUACCCGUUUCCUGUGCCGUGGCUGCCGGCUGGAGAAGUGUAUCCGGCUUGGAAUGACCCCGGAUAAUGUUCAAUGUGACAAGGAAACUCUGCCCGCACCUAGCAAGGCGAGGCCGCAAAAAGCGGAAAUGGAGGAGAAGCCCCUCGAAUUACCGGAAACGUCCGGAACACCGGAUAAGCCGUUUGUCGCGCCGUACUAUGAGAAAGAGGACCCGCCGGAAGUGAAGGUUCAAGCAUGCGCGGAAGUGGAUCGAAUGACGAAGCGGGUAGAGGAUAUUUUGACGGCUAAACCGCCCUCCCUGGACACCCCCUUCCACUUGACGGCCCUCCAGAAGAUGACCAUAGCGACGCAGAAGCUGCGCGCCGGCAUCAACCCGAACCCAGAGGUGCUGCCCCACGUCACCCUCUUCACGCCAUUCCACCGGUAUUGGCAAAAGAUGCUGGAGGACUGGGCGACGUGGAUGAUGCAUUGCGACGAGUUCGCGCAGUUGGAGUUGGAUCAAAAGUUUCUCAUCCUCAAACACACAUGGUCAUCACUAACCCGCCUCGACAAGAUCUCAAUUUCGAUUGAUGCCUUUGGCGAGGAGGCAAUUUCGAGGAGGAAAUGCUACAUGACGAAGGAUCAUUGCGUGACCCGAGAUACGACCUUUGACACGUCGGCGGUGAGCACCCUAGAUUAUCAGGAGUUGUAUAGAUCGGUUGCCCCAAUCCUUGAGCAGGCAUUUGAAGAGGUGGCACGCCCACUGCUCAACCAUAAAGUCACGCAUUUCGAGUUUGUGUUCUUGAUGUCGUUGUCAAUGUGGAAUGUGGAGACUUGGGGCGUCUCAGAAGCGACGUUACGCGCCGCGGAAACCUUCCGCGAGCGGAUUUCCAACGAACUACACGACUACUAUGUACACUCGAUGAACGUGACCAACUAUGCCUAUCGGUUACUGUCGCUGAUCUCGAUCGUUAGAGCCAACGAGAAAGUGCAACAAUCGCGCGGGGACCUGCUCCAGAUCUUCCGGCUGUUCGACCUUCUUCGCAUCGACUUCCCGCCCGGGGAGUUGUUUGACUGGAAGCGGAUG